AUGGACGGGCUUGUGAAGCUAUCGCAGGCGCACUUCGACAACGCCUAUGGGUUCCGGGUCUCCCAGGCGCCAAUUGAACACGCUACUCUUGAGAUCUCCAUAUCUGCAACAGAACCAAAUGGCACAGCUCACCAAACUACCGUUUUGGCCUCAAUGGUGUCCGAGAAUAACCUGUCAUCAUGGGCGAAGGCGGGUGUGGAGUCUGGUAGCCCAUCCUGCGAGGCACAUCUCAAGUUAAUUCGUAUUGACCAGAUACACGGCGAGAUCCCAAACAUAUCAAAAGCAGCCUUCCGUUCUCUAACGAGUGCCAUGGGGGUUCAUCCUGCAGCAUUGUAUAUGGUGUGCGGAAAAUACGACGGCUUCCAUACAUACAAAGGUCCUGGUUUGUCUCACACCUGGUUCUUCGGGUCCAGCACACAUGCGUUGCUGUGGUGUUUCUCCCCGUCAAAAAGACAGACUGUUGGGAUGUUUUUCGAACGCAGGCGGGCAAACUUUCAAGAUUUCUGCCGUGUCUUAUCCGCCUUCUCAGACCAUAUCCACGCUCCUCAAGUACUGUUUCUUAGCAGCGCCAUUCAUCAACAGCACAACUUUGAUGUCGAGACGGCCUCGGAGCUUGGAGUGAUCCAUAGAAUCGAGCAGCAAACCGGGUUCGGUCCUUCUGCCGUAAAAACCUACGCCUUGAUCAAGUCAGAGCCGACCGUCAAGAUGGUUCGCGCAGAAAUUGACGAGCUGACGGUCUGGUCGCAAGCAGUUGGCGAGAUAAGCGUCAAUUUCUCAAACAGGGGCCGCAAUCACCAUACAUUCUGGAAAAUGCUGGCCACACUGAGGCAAGCUGAAGAGGAUUCGGAUACCCUAGGAAUCCCUCAAGGCCCGGCCAUGGAGAGAUACAAAGCAAGCUUGCGAGAAUUGUGUAAUGCUCUGCCUACAAUCGAACGACAGAUGGAAACAUACGACGAGUAUAUAUUGUAUUUGAAGGCUCGGACAGAGAGACUGUCUUCCGUGUUGUUCACCUUGCUCACCCAUGUGGAUGCCCGUGCUGGGAUAAGCCUAGCAUCGGCGGCAAAGCGUGACAGUUCGUCUAUGAAGACUGUAGCUAUCAUGACAAUGGCUUUUCUUCCUGCUACUUUCUUCGCCGCCCUAUUUGCAAUGCCACUUCUCGAGUGGGAUGGAUCACACAUGGUUCAAAAAGGAUUCUGGGUGUACUGGGCUUGUACAAUACCCGUCACUCUCCUUGUUUUUGGCUUAUGGUUGGGUAUCAUUGAAAGAAAAUGGAUAGUUGGGGGAAAAGGCAGCCCCAAGGGUUCCAAGCACGAGUGA